AAAAGUUAAAAAAAAGCCUACUGCAAAGUGAAAUCUCUCUCUCUCUCUCUCUGUGUUUGAGAGAUUUCCAAACCCUAACUCUAAAACCAGAAUAAGAUCCACAAAUCAACGAAAUGGAUAGCGAACGAAAACCCGACCCGAAUAACACCCAGACCCGAUACUACGACCCGUACCAAGGGAUCCAAGUCCCGAUCCCAGUUCGCAACGUCUACCAACUCCCCACCGCCCCUCAAUUCCUCUUCGACGAAGAAGCUCGCCGGAGCCGCCGUAAUCUCAGCGACAACCUCACCUUCUUCACCGGCUGCGGCUACCUCCUCGGGGCUCUAGGCGGCGGAGCUUCCGGCCUCGUCACCGGAGUCAAGUCGUUCGAGCCCGGCGACACCGCGAAGCUCCGGGCCAAUCGGGUGCUCAACUCUUCCGGUCACGCGGGCCGGGCGUGGGGGAACCGGCUGGGGAUCAUCGGGCUCAUCUACGCCGGCAUGGAGGGCGGGGCCAUGGCGCUGAGGGACGUCGACGAUGUGUGGAACAGCGUGGCGGCGGGGCUCGGUACCGGCGCCGUGUAUAGGGCGGCGCGUGGAGUGAGGUCGGCUGCGGUUGCGGGUGCCGUCGGGGGAGUUUUGGUCGGAGCCGCCGUGACGGCGAAGCAGGCGUUGAAGCGAUAUGUGCCCAUAUGAAAAAAAGAA